AUGGUCACUGGUACCGAAGAUUGUACUGACGUCCAGUGUCACGCCCCGCUGCCAGAAGGACGCAGCGCCGACGGCGUCCUCGAAGGCCGCCUUACGGUGCUCGCCGCUGCUACGCCAGUCACAUAUGAACUGGUAGAAGAAAGCGAACAGUUCGUCUGGCGUCCGUGGCGGGCGAGUGAAGAGGCAAGUCAGGGAGCUGCAGAGCCUGGUGAGGGGCGACGAUGCGCCGCCGCAGAAGGCGCCGAGGACGUCCAUGAUGCUUCGGCCUUGGGAGGCACGGGAGGCCAGCCUGGUGAUGUUGGAGAGGCCCAUGGGCGUCUUGCACGGCAGGCCGGGCGACGUAGUGUCACAGCCGGGGCACCUGACACAGGUGUCCAUGGGUGUAACAGCGUGCGGCAGGAAGCCCACCAGGCCGUCCUCGAGGAACGACUGGAGCGGCGACUUGACGCCGCACUUGGGAUGUUGGUCACAGCGUUGGUUACAUAUUUGGUUGUGUGUUUGGUUGCACUGUUGGUCACACAUUUGGUUGGCACACUGCAUGGUGUUGCACUUCCAACUGGAGCCACCGACACCUUGGCCGUACCAGCAGUCGAGCCAUCCGCCGUGCCUGGUGUUGUAGAGGCACCGGCGGUAGAGGAAAUGGAGCUGGUGGUGGAGGCGUUUGAGGACGUCAUAGAACAGGCACAUUAA